GGCUAGAUCGAGUUUCACCAAGGCGCGCCUGUCGACCUUUCAGAGACCAACCUUGACAAGCUCUUUGAUGAAAUUGUGCAGCUCAACCACCGUAAUGCCACAGUCUAGUCUACGGCGAGAACUGCACUUGUUUGCCGAAACCACCAAUGGGCACUGCGCUGAACCACCUAUCGCGUGUCACUCUUCUCAACUCGUGGCCUCGCAACAAGGCCAGUAAGAAGGAUGCUAAGCAUUUAGAGCGCCUGAAGCGUGUUGCUGAUACAACUUUUGAGAGCUACAAUGCCGGUAAUGGUGGUUGGAUCUUCACCGCGCCUCACUUCUCUUCUUACAGCCUCGCAGCAAGCUUUGAAUGUCACGAGAAACCAUGGCGUGUCCGGCUGCAACGACAUCUGUAUUUACUUGUCGUCCCCGUUUGCGUGUCCUCUGUCUAUCUAGCCGGCGCAGACUUCGGCGAAUACCUCCAAUUGUUCUUAGUGAUGAGAUGAAGGUUGUUAAACAAUCUUGGAACUGCACUGUCGUGUGUCGUCACCGUCAGGGGUCUACUCUCUGUGUCAAAGAGGGAAGGCAAGCCGCAAAGAAGUGUCGUGACGGUGCUGCAC